GUUCUCGUCAUACAAGCCAAGAGAAGCUGUGUGCUUGCCCCCUACUUCCAUGCAUGCCUCUAGAGAUUACCAAGCCUCCGAAGAAUGUCGAGCGAACAGAAGAUACCCAACAUCUACAUCAUCGGGGCGCAAUGUACGGGCAAAACAACUCUUGUCAACAGGCUAUCAGUGGAGCUUUAUUGCUCGUCCGCGGUCCUAGGUAUCGAUAAACCGCAGAUCAUAUCGGAAGUAGCAAGAACGGUCCUCAAGCAGCAUCAAUUUGUCACCGAGGACAUCCGAUCCUUCCCUGAGCGGAGUCUGGCUCUACAACAGUUGAUUGUAGCCGCCCAGGUCGACGCCGAGAGGGACGCACUCAGUCGAAGCUCGUGGUUCAUCUCCGACAGGUCUGGCAUCGACCCUGUGGUGUACGCGAGCAAAUAUGUCAGCGGAGAAUCGGCCAUGGAAAUGCAACGGUCUACGGGAUGGCUUGAAUUGAAGGAGAGAAUGGCUGAGUCUUUGGUUAUUGUCUGCGAAGCCGGGGCGACGUGGCUGAAGGAUGACGGAGUUCGACUCAUGCCAGAGGACCAGGAGGAUUGGCUUCAGUUUCAUCGAAUGUUCUGCACUUUGCUGGACGAAUCUCGCCUGCCAUACUGUGUGCUGCCCUGCAACAUUCACAGCCUGUCCGAACGGGCUCAAUUCGUGUUGUCGAAAUGGCACGAGUUGGCAAACAUCGCACCGGGACUGGCUAGGAUUGGGUGAUUAGUGGUCUGCCUGUUGGCGUCUUGCACCUUUGUCAUGACACUGUGUGCCGUCAAAUCAUUCAUUAGACAUAACUAAAUUCCAC